AUGUUCUAUAGUCAUGAGAUUCUUACUUCUCCUGAGCAUGGCGUUGCUACGGUCUGGCUGGUCGCCACUCUAGGCUCGAGAUCCAUCACUCGAAGAUUGAACAGAAAGGCCAUAUUGGAUGUCGAUGUUCCCAAAGCGUGUGGUGUCAUUAGGGACCCGGCGGCACCGAUGGCGCUGAGGCUUCAAGGGAAUUUGCUAUAUGGCGUGUCAAGAGUCUACAGUCAACAAUGCGGGUAUACACUCACAGACGUCCAGGCGAUGCAUGAUAGAAUGAGGGCGGUGCUCAAAGUUAUGCCGGGAGGUGGAUUGGACCCAUCAGCAGGAAAGGCUAGGCCUGAACAGCUUAUUCUACCCUAUGAUCCGAGCUUCCUCCCGGAAAACAACCUGCCGGGUUUGGGACUCGACCUUUCGAAACUCAGCUUGCCAAUUGACAUGGAUCUGAGUCAACAAUCUAGUCUCAUGUGGCCAAAGACCCCGGAUCUCAGCCAAUCAGCCCUCUCACAGUCUUCCAGCCUGCGACUGGACUUAUCUUCUGAUGAUAUUAUUUUGAGGGAUGUAGGUGGGUUCAGCUCAGAUACCAAUGUCACCCAAUAUGGCAGGAAAGGAAUUGAUUUCGCCGGUAUCGAACCAUUUGCUCUUAACGAUGAAUCAGGAGUGAUCCUUCAGCCAGACUUUGAGUUUGACGAAGAUGGGAACAUUAUAGAGCUUGGUGGCUCGCAUCAAGCUGAGGCAAGACCACAAGGGAUCACAUCACCGGCGAUUGAAGAGAAAGCUGCAGAAGACCAGGGGGAGGGUAUCGAAGACAUCGUUAUGGAGGAUCAGCAAGAUUUGAUUGAUGAAGGAUUGGAGAUAGCACCCGGGAAAGAGCAGGAAGCGAGGUCAACUAAAACACCAAAGGCCACCGGCAACCGCCCUUCCAUAUUUGACCAGCUAGGAGAAGAUGAAGUCAUUGUGGAGUCGAAGGCAGCAAUGCAACAGAGACAGAGAGCUCCCAAAGUCAUUGGGUUGGACGACCAGAUUGCACUCCGAAAUACUGAACUGGCCCAUCUGAAUGACAACUAUGUGCAGAAUAUGGCAGUUGUCUCAAAACAGAAGCAACGGAAUAAGAUUCCAACCCUCGCCAAAAAGAACGCCGCCUUCUGGGUCGUCGGUCAAGGCAUUGGGUCUGUCGGCGUUGGUGUGGGAUCAUCUCGUGUCUUGCAUCCAUUGCAUUCAUUUUCGGGCGAGCAGCUGUAUGAAGCGCUCAAUCCUGAGCUUAACAAUGAAGGGAAGAAACGUAUCAAUCCUUCGAUUGAGGAAGAGGAUCCCGAAUUCGAUGCACGACGUGUACGCCCAAGGAUGGGGGACGAAGACCAGAUCGGCCGCUUCAACGAUGAUGGCUUCUGGCAUGAGGAUGUUGAAAUUGGUCGCAAUGCCCCGCCAGAUAUUCGCGAUGAUAACUCUAUUCAAAUGCCAUGGAAUGUCACAGCUUCUGUCCAGAGUUCUCGACAGGGCUCCUCUGCUGCGAACAUUUUCCGCGGAUUUGGCAGCGCUAGUGACUUUUCUUCUCAUGGUAUCUCUGAUACUGGCCUUGGAAGACCACGGAGCCGUCUCACGAGCGCGAGUCCUCUUGCAGGUCGUGGUUUUCCUUUCGAUAUCGAAGGCCUCAACAGUCUUUCGAUUCCCGGCAACGAAGGUGACGAGUUGAAUAACCUUGAUGACUUUGAUAUAAGCCAGUACCUGCACACUGAACUUGAAACUGAUAAUGCUGGAGGGCUUAAUGAACACCCGAAAAACGAAAAUGGGCCAGGGCGUAUCCGUACUUUUCAGAGCCUGCAAGCGUUCAAUGAUGAUUCACAAAAGUCAACUCUAGACCAGGAAAGCUUGAACUUUUUUGAGUAUUUAACUACCAAGUUGACAACCAGACAUGGUGGAGAAGAAUGGGCUGCUGGUCUACAGCCACAUCUCCCAACCGAGGAAGUUAAGAAAAUGUCAUUCUCCAUGCUUCUUCCUCCACAGAAGACCUCUCGCAUUGUGGCUACCCAAGGCCUUAUGCAUGUGCUCACACUUGCCACCAAAGGUGUUCUUACCGUACACCAAGAAGACUACGAAGACCAAAGCAGCGAAGAGUACGGUGUGCGAUACAAGUAUGGUGAAAUCCACUUGUGCAUACCAGGACUGUAGACGGUCUCUUGCAGCAGAGGGUCAGUCAUGUGUUUCCAGCUCUGUGGACGACAAGUCAUUUGUCUGUAUCGAGUUCUCGAUUUUCCUUUUGCUAUGUUUCUCUCUAUCUAC